UGCUGAGUUUAUGUACACCAUAUGUUUAUGUCAUCAUUACUAUAAAAAUAGUUUUCUUAAUAUUAUUGUAGGGAAACUACAGAAAUCAUAGUACAAGUAAAGUCCAUAUACAAAUGCUGUAAACAAAACCCCUGUCGUUUAAAAACACUUCAAGUGUCUGAAUGUCUGUGUGUUUAUCAGUGUGUGUCAGAGAUGCCAAGGGUUGACUAAUCCAAAGAGUGAGACUUCCAGCCCCAAAGAGUGAGGUUUCUAGGCCAAAGAGUGAGACUUUCCAGCUGGUGUGCUGUGUCCUUGCUUAAGGCAGGGCCUCUCAUCUCUGGUCCUUUGGGACACCCAACGGUCCAUCUUUUAAAUCCAACUAGCACUUAAACCCUCGGGUGGGCUGGACCGAGUGCGUCAUGUUGGUGGUCGUCUUCAAAUUGAAAGGGAACUUGCACUGGAGAAAGCAAGCGGACGAACGCAGAGUUUUCACUGUGGAUUACGAACGUUGUAAGAACUCAUUACAAAAUAUAUUCAAGGUUUCGUGGACAUGGACUUGCUAAAACAGUUUUUGCCGGGAUCAACAAAGGCUGAUCAUAGUAGCUCAGAAAAGCAGUUUGAAGAACUGAAACAAGAGAAUUAUGAACUUAAGAAGGAAAUUGAAAGUUUAGAAAAGGAGAAUGCAGCACUGAAACAAGAACACGAUCAACUGGUAGAACUGAAACAAGUUCAUGAUCAAUUUCUAAAGAAAUUUAGUCCCGGUGGUUUUUGCAACACUUGUUUCAGAGAGAAGAUGGUUUUGCUUGGGUUCAGUCCUUUAUUAAUUGCUUCACUGAUCGUCAACUUUGUGUCUUCAAGAAGCUUGAUCAAAAAUGUUUCCAUGAAGAGUAUUGUGUGUGUUUCAGUCAUCAGCAACUACAUGUGCUGUUGUGAACCCAGAAUAGAUCAUGCUGAAAUUCUAAAGAAGUUAAAUGUAGUGGGAUAUGUUACAAAUGGAGUAUGGCAACAGAUUUGUAAAGCCAAAACUGAAGUGACCCUGAAUCCUGACACAGCCGGCCCAGGACUUGCAGUCAAUGUAGAUGACUCACUGGUGAAAUUCACAGGGGAGAGAGAAGCAGAGUGGCCCAGUGUGCUGGGCAGGGAGGUGUUCACCUCAGGGAGACACUACUGGGAGGUGGAGGUGGGAGAGAAGGGCUACUGGGCUGUGGGAGUCUCCACACACCCUGGAGAGAAGAUCAUACCUGAGAAACCAGAGGAGGGCUACUGGCUUGUGAGACUGUCAGCUAGAGGGAGGAAGUAUGAAGCAGUGGGCAAGAGCCUGGUCACUCACCCUCCUCCAUCCCAACAAGAGAGCCAGUCCCCUCUCCCUCUCACACUGGAACACAAGCUCUAUAAAGUGGGGAUGUAUCUGAACUAUUGGAAAGGGGAAUUGUCAUUUUACAACAUCUAUGAUGCUGACAAUAGAUAUGCAAUGCAUACUUUUAAAUACAACUUCCCUGAGGUGGUUUACCCCGUCUUAAGCCCAGGCUGUCACGAUAAAGCACCUUUGAAAAUCACCAGGUUUGAUUCAACAUGAAACUCUCCAUUCAGAAUUACAAUUUAGCAUUGCUAUAUCUACAACAUUGCUUUAUCUACAGCAUCACAAUAGAGCAUUGCUAUAUGUACAGCAUCAUAAUACUGCAUUGCUAUAUCUACAACAUUGCUUUAUCUACAGCAUCACAAUACAGCAUUGCUAUAUGUACAGCAUCAUAAUACUGCAUUGCUAUAUGUACAGCAUCAUAAUACUGCAUUGCUAUAUCUACAACAUUGCUUUAUCUACAGCAUCACAAUACAGCAUUGCUAUAUGUACAGCAUCAUAAUACUGCAUUGCUAUAUGUACAGCAUCAUAAUACUGCAUUGCUAUAUGUACAGCAUCAUAAUACUGCAUUGCUAUAUGUACAGCAUCAUAAUACUGCAUUGCUAUAUGUACAGCAUCAUAAUACUGCAUUGCUAUAUCUACAACAUUGCUUUAUCUACAGCAUCACAAUACAGCAUUGCUAUAUGUACAGCAUCAUAAUACUGCAUUGCUAUAUGUACAGCAUCAUAAUACUGCAUUGCUAUAUCUACAACAUUGCUUUAUCUACAGCAUCACAAUACAGCAUUGCUAUAUGUACAGCAUCAUAAUACUGCAUUGCUAUAUGUA